CUGCCAAAUACUCUAGAUAAUAAAAUGCUAUUUAGAUCUUGAAUUGACCAAAAUUCGAGACAUAAUAUUAUACUCUAAUUCUUAAAGAUUAAAAAUCUAUGUCUUAAUUAUCUAAAUCUAUACACUAAGAUUAAUUUAGUUAGAAAAAUAAUCAAUCAUUAUGAUUCGCCAAAUUAGAUGCAAGUUUAGAGUUUAUGAUUGAUAAAUAUGAUCUAGAAUUGACUCCAUAACUAUAACAUCAUGUCUCAAAAUCGAGUUAAUUUGAGAUCUUAAUUUUUUUUUUUUUUUUACUAAAACUAUGUGGUACUUAUUUUACCUUGAAUAUAGUAAAAGCCACCGUAUAUAUUGUCGCAGAACAUUUAAACUAAUUGACUGCAUAUAUAAUUUGCUUUCAUACCAGUCCAGCAAAUUGUUGGAAUUUUGUGAAACUAUAUAAAUCACUAUCUACAAAUGGUGCUGGAGCUGGUGGGCGCGGUGGCUUCCUAUUUCUUUUAUAGUGUGUCAGACUCAGACUAGUCAGCUUUAUGUCUCCGUCUCUAUAUAUAAAAUCGAUGCCUAAAUAAACUCACGUGAAUAUGUUACAAUUUUACCAUAAUCACUAUUUUUUGUUUUUUGAAUAAAUAAUAAUCACUAGUUUUAUCAUUUCAUUUAAUAGCUAAUGUACCAUGUUGACAAAAUUUAUGCAAGAGUUUGAACCAUAAUUCUAGUUUAUUGCUUUAUCAGGUUAAUAUAGGAAUUAAAAACAUUAUUUAAUAACAAGGGAUGGGAUGUAUAUAUAUCUAAGACCUAAUAAAUACCCGGGAAAAAAAAAUAUUCGGCGAUUCAAGGUUAAAUGAUUAGAUUAUUGAACAUAUUAUAUAAAAGAAUGAUACAAGCUCAAACAAAGAAAAAAACUCAGAAGAUUGUUUGACUUCUUACAUGGUAUUAAUUAUUAGAAUUUUAUUUAAAAAUCAAAUUGUUCGAAACUUCGAAUAUUGAUACCACCCCAAAUAUUUAACGAUGAAUUGACGAUCGAACGACGAUUACCUCCAUUUUCAAAGAAGACAUCAGCAUGCAGGUAAAAGUGGACUUCUUUUGUGACUGGUUUUUCCUUUCCGAUCUUCAAACCCGCACAACACACUUUCAUUCUCUUUGUUCUUCUUUUUCCCACUAGACUAAAGGAAGUUCCUUUUUUCACUAGCCUAUCGAAAGGGAGACCUUUUAAUGAGUACUCUCCUGAUGAACUUCGAAAGUUAUUUGUCCAUGAAUGCUCCAUCAUCAUCAUCACCCUCUGCUUUCAUUUGGGUUUUCUGCUUUUCACUUUGCAGGACACGAUUGGGCCAGAUAGUAUAGAGGAAAGCAUGCAUAUGCUUAGCUAUAUUCUUGAAUUUAGUCGAAAUCGCGAUUUAUACGUAGAAUCACGAUUUUUUUUGUAUUUUGUGCAAUAUUAUAUUUAAAAUCACACUUUAAAAUUUAGAAACUAACACUUUUAUACUUUUAAUUAAAUCAUCAAAACGCUUUUUAUAUAGAUCGUGCUUUAAUUUCACUGCAUUGCUUAAACCAAUUACAGACUAGUUUUCCAAAUCCAGCUGAUGAUGUAUCAAUAACCAUAAUACUAGUGGGCUUUCCUUUCUCUAUAGCAACACCAAUUUUGAUUUAUGAAUCAAAAGCUACAGCAUGUUAAUUAAUGGUUACAAUUCAUGCUAGCCAUUCAUAGUAUUAUGAUCCAUCCCUCUGUACUAAACUGUAACUCUCAGAAAGUUGAAUUAUGGGAUAAAAACAAAUUCAAAUUAUUGGACAUGUGUUUACUCAUAAGAUAUCUGUGUAUAUAUUUGUCUCAUUUACUACGUACAUUUACAAUUUUUUGGAAGAUUGUGUAGCCUUUCAACCUCAUCAUGGUAGAGGAAACAGUUACUUGAGUUAUGUUUGUUGGUGGUCUUACCUUGAUUUUCUUUUGAUGAAUUGGUGUUAACUUGGUAGGCGAAUUUGAGGAUCGACCGUUUCUCAUAGUUGACGUCCAUAUAUAUAUAUAGUUGAUUUGACCAACAAAGUUGUUGUAAAAAAACAUGUGAUAUAUAAUCUCAAAGGCUAUCACAACAUGCGGUAGACAAAUGCACGUAGUUGUCAUCGAUGAAAGAAUGAGCACAAUUUUAUCAUCAUAGCCGACAAAGUUUCAUCGACAUCGACAUUGAAAAGAUCAAGUCUUAGCAGGAUGUUGUUAUUAAGCGUUACGAGUGUACUUGUGAUUAUUGAAAGCGGUCACCUUAUCAAGAAAUCACAAUGUUCUACUAUAAAUACGUCAAGGUAAUUACAAUUUAUUCAUAAUAAUUAAUAAAAAAGUUAUGUCGAGGUAGUCCAUACCAUUAUACACUACUUAUGAUGGACAUCUUUGUGGAGACAUGUAGGUUUGUUAAAUUUAUGGAUACAAACUUGAGAAGAUAAUAAGGACUAUACCACCUUCAGGAUUCGUCUCUCCAAUAAUCAAAGUAUAAAACUCUCAUAUCACAUUACAUUAGCGUCAUAUACAUAAUUUGGCUUCGUUGUUACUGUGUAGUAUGUAAUCGAUGACCUUGACUAGCAAGUAGUCACCGGGACUCGAAACCUAUUGGGGUUGUUCAUUAAGAUGCAACCAUACUAUAACAUUGAACUACAAUCCCAUGAUUAGGGCUGUCUAUUUGGUCCGGGUUUUUUGGUUUUACCCGAAACCGGACCGUAUAACCCGGAUCGAGACCGGGACCGGGACCGGAUAGUAAACAAUCCUAUCCAAUCUUUGGGCUCAGAUUUGAGGUAAAAAAUCGUUUGGGACCGGGAUCGAAAACUGGAUAAAGACCGGAUAAGAGAGCUCAACACCCAAAACUUAAGGGUAAUUUGCAUAAACGGUCACAAACUUUUGCACUUAGUACAAAACUUAACCAACUCCUCGCCCUUUCAGGCCUUAGACCACUCAAAUCCCCACAAACUCAAUAUAAAAUCAAGAUCGAAUUAGGACCGGACCGGAUCAAAACCGGAUUGUAUCCAAUCCAAUUUUUGAUCCUUAUAUUUUCAAAAAAACUAGACUGUACCUAAUCAAUUUGCGCCAAUUUAACCGUACCGGACCGGACCGUAUAGCCACCCCUACCCAUGAUACUAGUCGAUAUAGGCAAAACAGAGUGUAAUUGUUCAAUCAAAUAAUUACGAAUUCGUAAUAUUGAAGUUCUCUGAUGUACUUAUUAUUUUUCUUUUCCUUGUAUUUAUUUGUGGUUUUAUUAUAUGGUGGAGUCCCUUUCCCUUCACGGACGGCAUUCCCACUAUCCCCAUAUCCCACCAAUUAACUUUUUUUUUUUUUUCUGAUGCUGCAAGCUUCUUAUUAUUAUAUUGUCCACAUCUCUCCUUCUGAUCUGAUUGAUGUUCCUCUCCUUUUUUCGAAUCUCUUCUUUUUGGGUCUCCUAAUUACUCAAUAAUUAUGGCAUGAUCAUUUUGACUUCUCCCCUAUGCCCUAAUCCCUAUAUUAACAUUUGUUGAUUGUGGAAGAAAAGAAACAAGGAGAGCAAACCCCUCCACCAUUCAUUCUUCAACAAAUUUCCAAUUUUUGAAAGGUAAUGUGUUUUCUUUUUAUAUGUGAAAACCUGAAGAAACAUUAAAAUAUGUAUAUAGUUCAAUUAACAAAAUGCAUUUAUUAAUUAGCGGAGAAGAAGGAUUUUCCAGAGCUUGUAUUGUCUCAAUGUGGGGCAUGUGUUAACUACUUAACUUAGUUAUAGACUUAUAGGCAAGUAGAUCAUUGUAAUUUGUUCAUCGAAAAAGAAUAGAAAAUUAAAAAAAGGAGAAGAAUAUUUUCACCUGAAGAUAAGAAGAAGAAAAAAGAGGAAGAAGAUUCAGAGCAAAGAAAUGAAGAAAAUUUGCAGUCUCAAAUUGAUUUUAUAAAAUUUGUAUAUGGUCAGAACAUGGUUCUGUGUAACAUGAAGAGCGUUGGUAUAGUUAGAACUUAGAGAAGUAGUCAUCUAAACAAUCAUGGAAUUAAGCGGUUCAAAUCGUAUAUACAUGCAUGUUGAGUAUCAACUUAUAUCAAGAUGUGAAUGUAGCAACCACCUCUAUUUAAGCCCUCCACUUAAAUGAUGCAUGUUUUCUUUAUUUUCUAUACUCGUUGAUAUAUGUGGAUGAUGACAAUUGCAAGUGUGCAAACCGAAAUCUCUUUCGGGCAAAGAAUUCAUACAAAACCUUGAGUUGUUCCAAAAAAAAAACGAGGAAUGUAUAAGAUCGUUCAAUAUAGGAAGAGCAAAAAAUUAUUGCUCUUAGCCUCUCAAAACAAAAAAUGCGUUGGUAAGACUAGAUAUAGAGGACCAAAUGACAAUUAUGAUUGUGUCUCACCGACUUCGAAACUCUAUACCAACAAAUCAAGUAAGUCGUCAUGUAUCAUCCAUCAACUAAUCCAAGUAAAAAUCGCUAAGUAAUUAAAAGUCCAUCAUAAGUACAUAGUUAAAAAUGAUUUUCAAGACGCUCAUCCAUUAAUCUUAACAAAGCAUACAAAAUAGUGAAGUACAUGUCUAUCAAAACAAUACAUGUCUAUCAGCUCGAUGCAAAAAGUAAUCAUCGUAAUUAAUCAAGUUAAUGACGGGUCGUAACGAAACACGCAAAGUUCUAAUAUGUGAAUCCUUAAGAAGUUCAUCAGAUUAUGAGAUGAAUGCAUUUCAUUUUUUUCCCCCCCCCCCCCCCCCCCCCCCCCCCCCCCCCCCCCAUUUUUUGCAAAAAGGAAAGAAAUAUAUAAGGCUUUGCUUUUGUUUUCUUCUUUCCCCCUAGCUAACUUGAACUAUAAAAUAAUGUUUGCAUCGGCAUUCGGCAAUCCAAAUAAUAUUCGAUACUAAGAGGCAAGAUCAGGCCUUGUUUUGGAUUCUAACACACAUCCAUCAUUCACAAAACCCAUUCAAAACAUAUAUUCCCUUUCAUCAAACCAAUAACACAGGCCAGAGCUUGAAUUGAGCUCUCUCAUUCAUUCGCUUUGGAAAUGAACAGAAUCGAAUAGAAAAAAAAAAAUAAUAAGGGUUCAACCAAAACCCCUCUUGUCCUCUUCCACCACCAAUAAUACAACAAAGAAUAUAACAAUUAACUAGUGAUGGAAUUGUUUUUUUUUUAAAUAUAUAUAUACUGAAAAAUUAUAUAGUAGCAGUACACUCAUACGGUGGUCCAGCUGAUGAGUCUAUGGCUGACUGACCAUUUCAACACCAGCCGUGUAAGAUAAGGAGAGAGACAGAGAAAGAUGGAGGAAGGGAGGGAAAUAUUCUAUCUUUAGGUUUAGGUUUGUCGUUCUGUUUGUUGGUAUUUGGCUUGGCCUCAAGCUACUCAUCAGCUUACCGGAAAGGCCACCUCUCAAAUAAUCCUUUUUCUCUCCCAUUUCUUCCUUUUUUCCCCCUCUCCCCCAUUUCUCUUUCCUCCUCACUAUGGCUUAAUUAGGGUUGGAAUUGGGUUUUGGUUUCGAUUAACCGAAUCGAAUUAGAUCAAGUUACCCAAAUUCGAGUUGACUCCAUUUAAGCAAUCGUAACUGUUGUGGUUUGUGAUUAUAUUAUGAUUUUUCCGUUCUGAUGUGGUUAUCGACAUUGAAGUUAACGAUCCAUUGGAUUUGUACCAUAAUCUGGUAAGACCUUGAUGUUGGAAUGAUAUUGUGGACUAGUAACUAGACUCAGGCUGGGUUUGUGGCUACAUGGAAAACCCGAAAUAUGACAUAAACCCAAAACCGAGACUCUUCGAUUCGUUCAAUUUGAGAUUCUCGAUUACCUAAUCAAUGAAUUCACUUUUCGAUUAGACCGCUGAACCAAACUUAAAUUUCAAGCCCUACCACAGCUCUCUCUCUCUCUCCUCAAUAUGAAAUAUCCAACUUGGGGACAAGCCAAGUCUCCCCCAUGAUGAUAAUUAAGUCUUAUAGUGUAUGAUUGUGGAGUGGUUCCCCCUCCUUCCUUUCCUCUUCAAAAGUUGUAAGCAAGCGACUUUGCUAGCUAGGCAACCUAGCCACUGUUAGAGAGAGAGAGAGAGAGAAAGACUGUUGUUCUCUAGUUUUUUCUUCGGUUUCAUUUUGUUGGGAUUAUGUCUUUGGUCUGGUUGUGGUGGUGAAACCUGAGCGGUUUCUGUGGUGGAUGUUUUUGGUUUUUUCCCUGUUUUAGUCCUCCUGUUUUCAGCUCUCUUUCUCUCCCUUCCUCCCUCCCCCUGCCUUCUUCGUCGUUGUUCUCAUCCUGGUUUUAGCUCGUUUAAGGUCACAACUCACAAACCACCACCUCCAAACAAACAACACACAACAACAACCUUUCCCCUCUCUCUUCUCUCUUCUCUCUCUCUCUCUCUCUCUCUCUCCAUCCUUGGGGAAAAAGCCAUCAUCAUGAAUAUGCCUGAAGAUUUGUUCUCCUCCCACGUCCCUUCCUCACUCAGCAGAGCCGCAGCCGCCGCUUCCUCUCUUCACCUCCAACAAGACCCUCCUCCCAACCCUAACCCUACUCCUCCUCCCGCCGCGGCGGCCAACAACAACAACAACAAGCGCAAGCGCAACCUCCCCGGCACACCAGCAGAUCCAGAUGCAGAAGUCAUCGCGCUGUCCCCCAAAUCGCUCAUGGCCACCAACAGGUUCCUGUGCGAGAUAUGCAACAAGGGGUUCCAGCGGGACCAGAACCUGCAGCUCCACCGGCGAGGGCACAACCUUCCCUGGAAGCUGAAGCAGCGGUCGAAGACGGAGGUGGUGAGGAAGAAGGUGUACAUCUGCCCCGAGAAGACGUGCGUCCACCACGAGCCCGCCCGCGCGCUGGGCGACCUCACGGGGAUCAAGAAGCACUUCAGCAGGAAGCACGGCGAGAAGAAGUACAAGUGCGAGAAGUGCUCCAAGAAGUACGCCGUCAUGUCCGACUGGAAAGCACACAGCAAGAUCUGCGGCACCCGCGAGUACCGCUGCGACUGCGGCACCCUCUUCUCCAGGAAGGACAGCUUCAUCACGCAUAGAGCGUUCUGCGACGCCCUAGCAGAGGAAAGCGCGAGAUUCACAUCCGUAUCCGCCAACUUUCGCAACGACCUGAUGAACCCGAUACUCAGCCACCAUCAGUCCGGCGCCAGCCUAUCCCAGUUCCCGAGCAUGUUCAGGCAGGAGCUUUCCACCGGCGGGGGAUCGGAUCUAUCCGGUGGCGGCGGAGGGAGCAGCAGCAAUCUAGAAGGAGGAGGAGUGCAUCAUCAAAAGUCUACCGCGAGGAAUGGCAUGCCGAUGUGGAUGGAUCAGAUGGCCAGCGGCGGAGGAGGAGGCAGCAGUGGUGGUGGCAACCCGAACGCGUUCGGGUUGCCACCUGAGCUGGUCCAACCGAGCAUGUUCGGUUCGAUGAUGAGCCCUCCUCCUCCACCUCCACAAUGGAGCACAGGUGGCACCGGACAGCUGUCCGGGAUGGGGCUUCCACGUGGGAUGAUGAUGAUGAAGGAGGAAGACGAAAACAACCACAACAACAACAACAAGAGUAGUAGUAGUAGAGAGCUCCUUUCCUCGUCAGAAACGGGUGCGGGCCUCUACUCCAACAGCCACCACCUUCAAUCCGCGGGACACAUGUCGGCCACCGCGCUCCUCCAGAAAGCCGCCCAGAUGGGGUCCACGAGGAGCAACCCGACCGCCGGGUUCGGCGGCGUCGGGCUGAUGACGUCGACGCCCUCGCUGUCCAGCAUGAUGCCAGCUGGCGGACGUAACGGGCAUCUGAACGAGCUGGUGAGCUCGAUGGCGUCUGCGGCGGCGGGUGACACGGAGAGGAUGCUGAUGAGCGAGAUGGCGAUGCAAGGUGGCGGCGGCGGCGGAGGAGGAGGAGGAAGAGGAGGGGAGGCGGGGGAGGGUGGGUUUACGAGGGACUUUUUGGGAGUGGGAGGCCAUCAUCAUCAUCAUGAAGGUGGCGGUGGGAACAGUAGGCCGAUGAUGCUGCAGCAGGAGCUGGCGAGAUACGCGUCUUUGGGGUCGAUGUCGAACUCGGCGGCGGCGGCGAUGGAGCUGAUUCACCCGAGUUACCGGUCGUCGUCGUCGUCGGCUGGACAUCACUGACCUAGCUGCUGGCUAGUUGCCCUCCCUACCACCGACAGGUAAUUUAUUUAUGAUAUUUAUUUUCUCGAUCAUAUUGUUCAGAAUUUUUUUCGUCAAAGGGUUUCCGCGUGAAAAACUGUUUAACAUGCAUUUUUUUAACGUGAUUGAUUGAACAACCUAAUAGUAGGUUUUAGUAACUUCAAAUUUUCUCGUUUCAAUAAUGGGGAGGAAGGAAAAAAGAUUUCAUGUAUAAUUGGGUGACAACUGACACCUCUAGAAAUUCAUUACACUGUGCUUAGUUGAAGUUGUUACAACAUUUGUAUUGUUCGUAUUUCGUAAUGUAUCGUUUUAUUUUAAUUUUAUGCAUAUUGUUUGAUAUGAUAGAAAUUGUCACUCAAAGUACACCUAAAAUACGUGAUUAUUAAAUCUCAUGUUUUAGGUGAGAUUGUUUAGAUAAUUUGGUUGGAAUUGUUGAGUUUUUUUUUUUCUUCUUUCAACCACAUCCCCAACUUUUUAUUCUGUUGCUUUUUUAGUUAAAGCAAAGGAUAUGGAAUAAGCUUCUAAUCAUGGAAUCAACUCGUUUUUUUAUUAUAGAUUACAAAUUCGUAAUCCUAGCCCAUUACCACAUCAUAAAUCAAACUAUAUGAACUACAAUACAAUAAUUCUCUAUUAUACAUGCAUUAAUAAUAAUAUAUCAAUUACUAUCAACAAAACCAAAUCAUCCCUAGAUUUUUAUUAGUUGUGUAAAUUGGAGUUGGUUCAUUUUUUUAUGAACUAUGCACUUUUUCGAUAAAUGUAAAGUUAGAAAGAGAAAGAAUUCGAACACAUCAAACAUGGAUACAAUUUGAUUAAUGAAUGCUAGAGAUCCAUUUCCCCCCUUUUAUCUAAUAAUUUUUCUUCUUUGAAUAAAUAAAUCGAAUCAAAUGCAUUUUGAAAUUUGUUUAUGGUCCUCAUUUUUUGUGUCUUUUUUUUGAGAUCUGAUUGCUAACUGGAUAAGACUAUAGAUAUAUGUCGACCGAGCUGUUAACCAAGUUAGAAUCAAUAAGUUACAUUUACACAUUCCUAUCAGCCCACGAGGCAAUUAGACAUAACGUACGUAAUUACCCAUUUUCCCAACCCUAAUAUUAUAUAUCCUUAUCAUUUGGUUUUACAUCACAGAUAUAUAGAUGGAUAGCUGAUACGUUGCUGCGAAAGGAUGGCAACAUCGGGCAGUGAUGGGUUGGGAAGAAAGAGAAAGAUGAUGAAGGAAGAACUAGAGAGAGAGAGAGAGAGAGAGAGAGCAUGUGAAUGUGAAUGUGAAGUGGGGGCAGCGUACUACUGCUGGGAGGGAGGUCGGGAGAGUGGCAUAUUGGCCGGAAGAGACAGAAGAGAAAGAGACAGAGGUGAUGCCAAUUUCAAGGAAGACGACCCUCUCUUCACCUGUCUCCCUCUCUGUCUGUCUUGCUGUGCGGGCCACAUCCAUGCAAAAAGGCAAAGACAUUUUUCUUAGAUUUCGUUUCGUUCUCCAAAAACUUUUUAACAUUAGGCAGUAAAAGAAAGAAGAAAAAAAAAAUGUUAGAGGACUGUGUUUCUGCGAGUUGCAGCAGGGUCAGUCAGGGUGUGACCACAAACGUCACGAGCUGGAGAAGAAGGUGGUGGUGGUGGCCAGCGGCCGUGUGAUCCAACGUAACGUAACGUAACGUAACGUCCUCAAGUGGGCAGUGGUCACACUGAGUAGCUAGCUAGCUAGCUGCUACUGGGUUGGUUCUUUCUUUCUUUCUCUGUGUAUGUGUAAGAUCUGCUGCUGCUGCUGCUGCAAUCUACUUUUCCUGUGGCGGCUGUCACGUUUGUUUCAGCUACAUCUCACUAGAAAGAAAAGGUCAGUGAGAUU